AUGGCUCUAAACAGAGAAAACUUUGGCCUUCGAAGGCCAAACUAUACGUCACCACUCUUAGAGUAUAUCCUCCAGUCGGACUUACCCCCUAGAUGGAAGGUCCCUAAAUUCACUAAGUUUUCUGGGGAUACUACUGAAUCCAUUAUCGAACAUGUGGCUAGGUAUUUAAUAGAGGCAGGAGAAAUUUCGAACAACGAAAACCUUAGGAUAAAGUACUUUCCAAGUUCUCUCACAAAGAAUGCCUUCACGUGGUUUACAACCUUGUCACAAAAUUCGAUCCACACUUGGACUCAGUUGGAAAGAAUGCUCCAUGAGCAGUUUUACAUGGUGCAGACGAAGAUUAGUGUAAAAGAGUUGGCUAGUAUCAAACGCAAGUUUACUGAGCCUAUUGAUGACUAUCUGAAUAGAUUCCGCUUGCUAAAAGCCAAAUGUUUUAUGCAAGUGACAGAACACAAGUUGGUCGAAAUGGCCGCAUGGGGCCUUGAUUAUUCCAUUAGGAAGAAAUUGGACACCCAAUACUUGAGGGAUAUGGACCAACUAGCAUAUAGGGUUCGACAACUAGAGUGUUUGAAGGAAGAAAAAUCUAGAGAAAAUAGGAAUAAGAGAGUAGCCUACGUCGAAUUUAGUGAAGAUAACGAAUGA